AUGAUUGACCCCGCACUUCUUCGACCAGGACGGCUCGACAAGGCCCUUUAUUGCGGUUUUCCAAACGAAGAAGAGCGUCUGGAAAUCCUCCGAGCGGUUUCGAACAAUAUGGAUCUCUCGGACGAGGCAGUCGAGUACCUUUCUGAGAUUGCGAGGGCUCCCAAGAGCGCUCACUUCUCGGGUGCUGACUUGCAAGCCGUCAUGUACUCUGCGCAGCUUCAACUCGUGCACGAAGAGCUCAAUGGCGACAGUUCCAAUCGAUGCAUCACCAAGACGCACGUCCGAACGGCAUUUGACAAUGCGAACCCAUCGACGUCCGAAGCUGCUCGACUGCACUUUGAGCGACUGUACGCCACUUUCUCAAGAGCUCGCAAGACGGACUUUGCAGUUGCACAAGCCGACGUUUCCGCGUCGACCGAGUCGCUCCAGUCGCACGUGGUUCCCCAACGCACAGCUCUCGCAUGA